CCAAUAUAUCCACAUCGCCCAAAGCUCAAGAAGCAGAGUGCGCGGACAAGCAAAAGGAGUCAAUCUCCACCAUAUCCUUGUCGUGGGUGGCGGGCGUACAUGAAUCGUUGCCUUUUCUCCGAGACCGAUUUAAUACUUUCGCGAUCGACACUCCCAAAAGGACCACGAGCUUUAUCAACCAGCGGUUCCCAACCGACCAAAGAGCAUAUAAAGAACUGCCGCUACCAACAGUCGAUGCUUCUCGGAUUCGUUUCGGCCUUGUGUUCACGAGCUGAAAAGAUCAGAGUCCACCCAUUCCAAGCACACAACGGCGGCGGCAAGGCAAGUUGCUCUUGAUAAGCAAAAUGACGUCCCACAUCCUCGCCACUUUCUCCGCCAAGGCGGCCAAGAACGAGCCAGUCUUUGUCGCCUUCAUCACGGCCGGGUUUCCUUCAGUCGCCGACACGGUGCCGGCCAUGCUGGCCUUGCAGCAGGGCGGAGCAGACAUCAUCGAACUCGGCAUCCCCUUCAGCGAUCCGCAAGCGGACGGCCCGGCCAUUCAGGCUUCUAACCAGAUUGCACUAUCCCAAAAUGUCGCAAUGACAACAUGCCUACAGUUCGUCCGCGAUGCACGCGCACAAGGUCUCUCCAUCCCAGUGCUAUUGAUGGGCUACUACAACCCGAUACUCGCAUAUGGCGAAGAGAAGAUCGUUUGCGAUGCGAAAGACGCUGGCGCGAAUGGCUUCAUCAUGGUCGACCUUCCACCGGAGGAGGCAGAGGAGUUCAGAGGCUAUUGCACGAAAUAUAGCAUGUCGUACGUUCCGCUCAUCGCACCAUCGACCUCGACGCAGCGGAUAAGGCAUCUGGUCUCCCUCACCGAUUCGUUUAUCUACGUUGUGUCAAAGUUGGGCACCACCGGCGUGGCGGCGAAUGUUAGUUCUACGCUGCCCGACCUGCUCUCUCGCAUUCGCUCCAUCACCGCCGCUGCACAGCGCGACAUUCCGCUCGCGGUCGGCUUUGGCGUCGCAACACGCGAGCACUUUGUUCAAGUCGGCGAGCUGGCCGACGGCGUCGUCAUCGGCAGUCGGCUCGUCGCGGUGCUCAAGGAUGCGCAGCCGGCCACGACUGAGGGCAGGGCUGCCGCUGCGAGACAAUACUGCGAAGAGAUCACAGGCAAGCUCGAAGGCGGCAUCCAACGACAAAAGCCACUGCUGAGCAUCAGAGACGUCAUCAAUAUGCCCGACAGCGUUCCCGUGCCCAAGGUCGACGUAGUCACCACCAACGGCCAUACGAAUGGCAAGCCCAUCCCAGGCUUCGACAUGACUCUCGACUCAGAGACUGGCACGCUGCGCCCGCCGCGCUUUGGCAAGUUUGGCGGCCAGUACGUCCCGGAAGCGUUGUACGAGUGCCACGCUGAGCUCGAGCGCGCGUAUCUGCACGCCAUCCAGGAUCCUACAUUCUGGAAGGAGUUCGAAAGUCAUUACGAGUACAUUGGCCGACCGAGCGAGCUGUACUUUGCCAGUCGGUUGACCGAGAAGGCCGGCGGGGCUCGCAUUUGGCUCAAGAGGGAGGACCUGAACCACACAGGUAGCCACAAGAUCAACAACGCCGUAGGGCAGAUCCUGCUUGCCAAGCGGCUCGGCAAGACGCGUAUCAUCGCCGAGACGGGUGCCGGCCAGCACGGCGUGGCGACCGCGACGGCAUGCGCGCGCUUCGGACUCGAAUGCGUCGUAUACAUGGGCGCAGAGGACGUGCGACGACAGUCACUGAACGCGUUCCGUAUGCGGAUGCUCGGCGCCAAGGUCGUUGCGGUGGAGAGCGGCAGCAAGACACUCAAGGAUGCGAUCAAUGAGGCAAAUCGGGACUGGGUGACGAACCUGCACAACACGUACUACUGCGUUGGCUCGGCUAUCGGCCCGCAUCCGUUCCCGUCACUCGUGCGCGACUUCCAGAGCAUCAUUGGCAAGGAAGUCAAGCAGCAGUUGCAGCAACAGCGCGGAAAGCUACCAGACGCCGUUGUUGCGUGCGUCGGCGGCGGGUCCAAUGCGAUCGGCAUCUUCCAUCCGUUCGUUGAGGACAAGAGCGUGCGCCUCAUCGGCGUCGAGGCUGGCGGCGAUGGGGUCGACACGGACCGGCACUCGGCGACGCUGUCCAAAGGCACGCCCGGCGUGCUGCACGGCGUUUGGACAUACCUGCUGCAGUCGCCCGAAGGGCAGAUCACCGAGACGCACUCGAUCAGCGCUGGGCUCGACUACCCCGGUGUCGGGCCCGAGCACGCGUUCCUCAAGGACAGUGGGCGCGCCGAGUACCGCGUCGCGACCGACGAGGAUGCGCUGCGCGGGUUCAAGCUGUGCACCGAGCUCGAAGGGAUCAUUCCCGCGCUCGAGACGAGCCACGCGCUGAUCGUCGCGUUCCACGAGGCGCAGAAGAUGGGGAAGGACGAGGACCUCGUCGUCAGCCUGUCCGGAAGAGGAGACAAGGACGUUGAGCAGAUCGCCGUCGCGUUGCAGAGCGGCGGAUGGGGCGAGCGCCUCGGCUGGAACAUUGCGUAGUGAUGAAAGGCACCCGCGUCUAGACAGAUGCAUACCUACAUAUAUACAUGGAUGCAUGCGCAUACGGGGCAUUUACGUACAUCUCGCCGCCAAGUUCUCCACUUCAUGCAUAUGUAUCAUUGGGACAAUUUGGCGUUCGCAUGGCCAGGACGCACACAAUACAGGAGUAGACAUCCUAUCGGUGGCCUGCAGCUUUAGAGUUAUCGUCGUAUCUCUGUAUAUG